AUGUUGAUAUUAAUACUUUUUACAAUAUGUUAAUCAGUUACCGUGACUUUGGAUAAAACUUGUUUAUGCACAGAGAUCUUUGUAGAAAAUGAUUGUACAGCAUUUGGAUGUAAAUUCGAAUCGAAAUUAUGUUCAAUUUUGGCUUGCUCUGAUGUUACAUCAAGAGUAGAAUGCGAUUCAAGAUUUGAUUGCUCUUUUGAUCACAAGACUCAAACUUGUUCUGCAUUUUCCUAAUGCAAUGCUUAUUAUGUAGAUGCUGAGGAGUAAUGUUUCAACAAAGGCAAUCAAGUGAUAGGAUGUGUAUCAAGUGGGAAGAAGACUGGAGGUUUUUAUUAGUGUACGAACUAUUUGGCAAAACAAUUGAACUACAUUGUGUGCUCUGAUCAGCUUACCUCGUCAAGUUGCAAUGGUGUGUAAUCAGAUGGUUAUAGAUGUGUUUGGAAGAGUAUAAGCAACGAAUGUGUAGCAUUUUAAUUGGAUAGUUGCAGUGAUGCCUCUGAUUUAAAUGAGGCGUUGUGUAAUGUCUCCUAUUGUGUUUGGUCGAACAAUGAUUGCAAUGAGAAACAGUGUAAGGAUUUCACAUCUUAGAGUUCAUGCUCAUUCGUUCCUCAUUUGGAUGGAAAUUCAUUUACGAUUUGUACAUGGUCAGGCAAAUAGUGCGUAGAAUUGAGUAGUGUUUCUUAACUUCAACAAAGCAAUUGUUCAAGCAUCACGUUGGGAACAUACUUCUGGAACAAUGUAAAGAAUGAAUGUAUAGAAUGCGAAGGAUUUGGUAAACUAUUUUUGAUGAGUUUUAUUAUAUUAAUCGCAUCAUUCUGA